AUGAGCUCCGAUCUCAAUGAAAGCGAUUCUUCAGACUUGGAUUUCGAAUUUUUAAAACCAAUAAUUAAAAUAAAUCAUUCAGGAAGAAACAAUCAAGACUCAACCAGUUCAAAUUUCACUGUGGUUGUCACUGAUGAUUCAGGUGAAAUUGAAACUAUGCGAAGAGAUAAAUGUGAUUCAAAAUUACUAGGCUCCACUCCAGAAGAUUUGAUGUCUAGUAAAGAGAGCCUUACUCCAGUUAUUGAAAUGGAUAAAGAAUUGUUACUUAUGGAAAAUAUUACCCAAUUCGAUUAA